AUGGCGGGCAUUGAACAGGUUGUAACUGUUCGUUAUGUAAGAGAGCUUGUUGAAGAGCAGGAAAAAACACAUAGAGAAGUAAGUGACAUUUUAAGGCAAGAGCAUCCUGGAGUGCAAGGACUAUCCGAGAGAAGUGUCCGCCGGUACUGUGCUACGAAUGGGAUACGACGUCAUGAUUCGCAUUUAACUCGUGGAGCUGUCGAUGAGGUGGUGGCUUCUGCAGCUGCUGAGGUGAGGGUGUAUGUUUUUAACAUUUUUAGUUUUGGAUUCGUAAGCUAUACGAUAUCCUUCCUUGUAGUAAACGUUUUAAGGUUUGCUACAAGUUGUGAACUUGUCGUUUUGUUCACCUGUGUAGCGUCACUUGAGGCGUCACACAACGCUCGUCGCUAAAUGAACAAGGAAUGCGUUACUUUCUUACUCUCAAUUCUGGAACUCCCUGCCCUAGCAUACCGUAUUUCCUCGAAUAAUAGCCGAGGCCGAUUAUUUCUUUUUCUCACACAAAAAGGGGGCGAUUAUUCGAGGGAGGCGAUUAAUCAUGGGACGGUUAUUAUUUGAGGAAAUACGUUAUUAGAACACCAAAAAUAACGUUACAUUUAAAUCUUGACUAAAGACUUUCUUAUUUGUGAAGGAAUGUUUUCUUUGCUGUUUGAUUUUUUUGUUGCCCUCCUAUUUGACCAAGCAUUGGCUUGCAACCAUGGAUACAUUUUCGCAAGGGAAAUGUAAGCUUUGAUUCUUGAUUGUGCUAACUUAUUGGUAGCUCGUAUUUCCGUUUUGCUUGAAAAUGGCGAGAGCGGUUAAGGCUGUAUUGGUCUCUCUUUGUGUCAAUGUCACGCAACAAACGCCAAGUGGUUUAUUGACUAAAUGGCCUGGCCGAUUCAAUAUACUUUUUUAUACUUAAACAAAGGUUUUUAAUCGUAAAGGCUGGUGCUACAUACGGAAGAAAGAUGAUGACUGGCCACAUCAAGCAUUCGACAGGCUUGCGACUGGGAGUAAACAGAGUGGGGCAGGCACUUAAACGCGGUAAUCCACGCCAGCACCAUGAACGACAGACAUCGAUUACCCGCCACUUAAACCCUGUUCCAUACUAUGCCGAAUACUUUGGACACAAGCUCCAUCUUGAUCAAAACGAAAAGCUUAUUCGUUAUGGCGUGACAGAGGUUAUAGCAGUAGAUGGCUAUAGUUCCUUUAUAACUGCUACAUCGGUAAUGCCAUUGAAAAAUAAUAUCACCAUCUACAGGGAUGUGUUCAGGUUAGCUCCGACAUAA